CAAUCAUGCUGGAUCCCAUUUCGGAUACCCCGCUGGUCUUGGCCUAUGCCUUCAUGUCGCUGCUGGUGCUCAUUCUGUGCUUUAUAAUGGUCAAUGUGGUCCACAAGCUCUAUCGCAGUCUCAACGACCAGACAUCGCUGGCCGCAACGAGUCCGAUUUCCACACAACAGCAGCAGCAACUAUUUCUGAAGACCUCCAUCAUGGAAGUAGACGCCAUGAAAACCGGUUAGAGGAGGUGGACGGAUGGAAUCAAGGUGCAGCUGCUGUGAGAAUCUCUCUCCAGUUUCAUUUUCGGCCGAUCGAAUCGGAUUUGGAAUCGGAAUCCGAGGCCUGCCAGCUGCACGCCCACUGCUUCGCACACAUCUAGACAAUAUUUUAAUGAUAAUAAUAUAAGCAGAAGCAAUUAGACGUAAAUACCACUAGACUUUAAGUACCGCCUGGUCUCUAGUCACUUAAUUGUUCAUAUCGUCCUAGGGUUAGGUUAGCCAUACGAUGAUAUUGUAUUGUAAAUAAAGUAAUGUGAACGAUAA